GGAGGGUUAGGGCUGUGUUAUUGGCUGUGCGUUCAUUGUUCGUGUUAAUCAUUUAUGUUUACAACUACAGGACGAUAAUCACUGGGAGCAACGAGAGCCAAAGGUCUCAUCUAGACGUGAAGGAGAAGCUCUUCUGGGAAUGUCAUCCGACAUGGAGGGCGUUACAGGAAGUGUAUUACUAAUGUGCCUUAUUGGCUUAAUAGAUGCAAAUGCCAGUCCUACAAUCAACACUUUGGUCUAUAACAUAUGUGAAGACAUCCCCAUAGAUGGCUAUGCAUUUACUAUAUUAGCAACAGACGCAGAAAGUGACCCACUGACUUAUUCAAUCGAUGGUCCCAAUGCCGAAUACUUCACAGUUAACCGCAACAAUGGGGAGGUAUCAGUCAAAAGGAAACUAGAUAGAGAGGCUUCUGAUUAUUUGAGUCUUGGAGUUCAUGUCUCUGAUGGUCAGACUGGAACAGCGGUAGAUUUAACUCUAAUAUUAGAGGAGGCCAACGACAACAAACCCAUAUUCCAGGAGCCUUCAUAUGACAUUGAUGUCCGAGAAAAUGCCAUUGUAGGUACAUCUCUGUUUAAAGCGCAGGCCACUGAUGCAGACACCUCAAGCGCUGGUGUUAUUAGUUACAGCAUUGAUGAAGUUACUCCAAGUGCUGGAUUCAGUCUUUUCAGCAUUGUAUCCACAACUGGUGAAGUCCGAUUAAGUGGACAUCUGAAUUACACUGAACUGAGCACUUUCUAUCGAUUGAAGAUUAACGCAACUGAUGGUGGAGGUGCCUGUUAUCAUAAACCGAAAAAAAACUACUACUCAAGCGUUGCUUUUUCCUUCGUCACGGUUGUGGACGUCCCAGACCUGGACCCACAGUUCAUUGGUCUGCCUUACGUGGGGAGAGUGGAAGAGAAUACUCCUGUGGGCUCUUCUGUGUUUAGAGUUACAGCUAUUGACCAGGACACAGGAGUAAAUGAUGCUUUAAUCUUCAGAAUUAAAGAUUCCACGGCAGUGGGCCUAUUCAAAAUCUCAGAAACUGAUGGCGUCAUAUCUGUGUUGUCGGUUAUUGACAGAGAAGAGAUUGGAGACACGGUUAUCCUGACUGUAGAGGCUACUGAGUCUAAAGAAAACAUCAAUGGAGUCCAAGCCAGCACCACAACGGAUGUACAGAUCAACAUCAUCGACAAAAAUGACAACAGGCCAACGUUUUAUAAGUGUGGAGACAUAGCAGACAAGCGCUCAUGCGUCAUUGCGAGUGACUUUACAGGAGAUGUCGUUGAGAACUCGUUGGGUGCUGUUUUCAUCAACAUGACAGUAAUAGAUCUGGAUAAGAUUAAAAAAACUAAACUAACCCUGGAGGGAGUCAACAGUGAUGUGUUUUCAGUGGAACCUCAGUCUACCACAUCGGAUAGCAUUGUUCAGCUUCUGGUCAAGCAGCCCCAAAAACUGGAUUUUGAAAAAAUACAGACAAUUGUUCUACAAGUCAUUGCCACUGAUGAAGAAAACCCCACCUUCCAAUCCAGAGCUACAGUCACGAUCAACAUCGAGGACGCCAAUGACAACAGCCCCGAAUUCCAACAGGACACGUACAAGUUAGAAGUGCCUGAGCACUCUCCUGCUGGGCAUGUGUUGGACACCAUUACUGCAGAGGAUCCUGACACAAUGGAUGAAGGCAAUAUCACCUACAAACUGCUUCCAGAAAGCAUACUGCUGUAUUUUGACGUGGAUCCACAUACGGGCACAGUUUACGUGAAAAACGAGACUCUGUUGGAUCGCGAGGUCAGAUCUCUGUAUUCAGCCACUCUACAGGCCAGAGACUCAGAUGGCAAGCCCGGCUCCACAGUGCUGGAAAUCACUCUGAUUGACAUCAACGACCACCCCCCCGUCAUGAACAGAGACUCUUACCAGGAGUUUGUUAAAGAGGGGAAAAACUUUGAACUUAAGAUACAGGCAACUGAUGCAGAUGACUCUGAUACACCAAACAGCCAAUUAGUGUUUGGAAUCGAACCCAGCAGGUACAGUGAUAAAUUCACCAUCGACCCUGUAACCGGUGUGUUGACUAACAGGGUUAAGCUUGAUCGUGAGGACUUGGAUCCGGACCUGAACGGGAGGAUCGAGCUCAAUGUAACCGCUACCGACAAGGGUUCUCCCCCAUUGUCCGCCAUGGUUCCAGUCAUCAUCAAUGUGGAGGAUGUCAAUGACAACGGACCAAAGUUUAAAGCCUCAGCUUACAAAUUCUCUGUCAAAGAAGGAGAAAAAGGUGCCUUUGUGGGCUCUGUUCAGGCUGAGGACUUGGACCAAACAACAGAGUUCAACCGCAUAUCUUACAGCAUCCGUAACGGAGGUUUUGGCAGCUUCAUCAUUCGCACCUUUGCAGAUCAGCAGGGAUACAUGGGAAACGUCACCGUAGACAUCGACAUUGAGCUUGACUAUGAGAGCAGUAAUAAGCAGUUCAAUCUGCAGGUAGAGGCAGUGGAUCUAGAACAGGAGAAAGCCACAGUUAUAGUGGAGGUGGAUGUGUUGGAUGUGAACGAUGAGAGGCCCGAGUUCAAGCCGUCAGAACCUGUGACGGUGAAGGAGAACACCACCAUCAGUGGGGUUGUUGGGAGCUUUACAGCGCAGGACAAAGAUGGAAACCACUCCCUGGUUUACGAGCUGGAAUCCAUCAAAUGCAGAUGCAACAGCUCUUUGACUGACUGCAGCUGGUUCAUCCUCGAUCCAACAGGGGAAGUCAGACUCAACCCGGAGCAAACAUCGGAUUAUGAACAGUGUGACCAGGUGGUGAUGGAGGCUCAGGUGGUGGACAAGUACACAGAGAAAGGAGAGAACAACAGUGUCACAACAGGAAAACUGGUGAUCAACAUUGAAGACAUCAACGACAACGCUCCAGAAUUUAUUUUCUCAGAUUCGGUUUUUAUUGUGGUGUCAGAAAGUGCAAGUAAGGGGACCUCUGUAGCGGGAGUCAGUGCCACGGAUCGGGACUCUGUAAUAAAUAGGCAGGUUGAAUUUAAAGUUACAGAUGUCAAAUUUAAAGACACCAACAAUAAGACAACUGAUAUGAGGAUGCUGUACGAGGCCGUCACUACACAGCAAAAGGAUAUUUACGUUGGGAUUAUUCAAACCACCGAGGGGCUUGAUACAUCACUGAAAGGGAAGUAUUUGGUCACAGUAAGUGCAACAGACAGCGGCAAACUCUCCACCAGCACCGUAGUGGAGAUCUUCGCAGUUGAUGAAUCCUUCAAAGUGAAUCUUAAAUUCACAACAUCCAAAGCCAUGGUUGAACAAAACCUCAAUGAAAUCAUCAGGGCGCUUAUUUCUGCUACCAAGGCUGCAGUUCAAAUCGCUGCAAUCAAUUCUGAAUCAUCCAGGGCUUCAGAUAACACGAUCGUAGUGGCAUAUUUUGUCUACCUCAAUGGGACUGCCCUUACCUCUAAUGAAGUGGAGACAAUGAUCUCGGCUCCUGAACACGCCUAUAUAUUAAUACAGCUUGGCCUUGCGGACAUUGGGCAGCCUCCUGUGAUCGAAGCAGAAACGGACCCGUUGAGGUACAUCCUGGUGGGGAUGGUGGCAGGCCUCAUCGUCGUGCUGACUGUCCUCACCACCUCCCUGAUGUGCACCCGCAGAAACUACAGGAGGAAGCUGAAGGCAGCUAAAGCCAUGAACUCUGCCUCCAUGAUGAACUCCGACAACCAGAAAAGCGGCCCUGUGGUGCCUGGGACCAACAAGUACACUAUGCAGGGGGCAAAUCCCGUUCUCAACCUCCACAUCGACACCACCAUGGUGCUGGACAUGGACGAGGAGAGCUCAGAUGUGGACAAAGUCAGCCUCAACUCUUUGGACGACGACAACAAUUACAUAAACGAAACAUCUAACAUGAAGAGCAUCCAGGAGGAGGAAGAGGAGGAAGAGGAUGACGGUCCAUCGAAGUACAUCGAGCCUCUGGGUGCAGCGCUGGCACAGCGUGGCCAGAAAAAAGCCUCCAACAAUCCUCACGUGGGUUUUAUUAACCCCGCGUUCAGCACAACGGACCUGUGAGGGAAAUAACGACCAGAGGCCUCAAAUGAACAUUGAGUUGCUUCUGUGUAAUCAGGCUGACCAAAUUUCCUGUCAAACACUCUGAUGGUGUUGGAUGAAGUCUUUAUAACUUCAAGUAGCCUUCUGUUGUGACAUGUAGUAAUUUAUUAUUGAUGUUAGAUUAAUGACUCCUCAAGUGAUGUAUAUGCUUUGUUAGAACAUUCAGUUCAAAGGGAUAAAAAGGGAGAAGCAGUGGGAGAUUUUCUCCGGGAUUACAAAAUCAUAUAUUAAUAUCACAAAAUGUAUUGAUCUCAUUGAAUUUGGUGAAUUUAAUAUCAAUAUAAAGCCAAUAUACAUUUAACAACAGCCUUAAAUCACCUGAAAAUCUAGCUGUUCCCUACUCCACCUCUUAAAUGUAUCAUGAUAAUAAAAAUUGAGCAGAAGCAAAGGGAAAGCAAACAAAACAAUUGCUUUUUGCACAUGUGAAUCACUUUAUUUUUGUGAAUACAUUAAGCAAAAGUUUAAAAACUGUUAGGAUUGCUUUAAAAUUAACUGUAUUAUACGUUAUGUCAACAUACACAAUGUCAAUUUUGCCAUAGGUUAGACCUAAGGUGUGUCAGUUUUUGCUUUGAGUGUGAGAAGUGUGUUGCUGAAAUAAAACCUCAUGCAGUUGUAACUUUCUACAAGCAGCAGUUAGAAAAUAUAUUUCUGCUUACUGACAUCUAAAUGAACGUAUUACGUGCAGUGCAAAGUGAAGUCUGAAUAAAAUCAGUUUCUCCAAAUGUG